GUCACUUUGAACGAAGCUCAGUCCGGCAUGGGAACCUGGAAACAGGAAAGGGCACGACUUGCAUGCAUGGCAUGUGGAUUCUGCUACAAUCUGAUUGACUCAUGAGUUCACUGGUGUCAGUAUUCUGUCCGGAAAUGGGCGGCGCUUGAUGGAGAGCCACCUGACACCACUUGAACCCAGCAUGAGCGUCCUACGGUAUGUGCAAAGCCCACAUCUCUAGACUCUAGACCAAAUGGGGAGCAGCAUGCAGCAGCAUGUACGAGGAUUCAUGGAAUGGUGUUCAAGCUCAAAAGUUCAUUGUAGGUAGUCGGUUAGCUGCACAGUCUAUAAUGCUAGUAGAUGAAGGGUUUGGAAAACGAUGACGCUGUCUAUGGUUCUUGAGUCUUUCAUUCCUAAAGACCCUGCGCUGGUGAGCGCGCUGGCGGUAGUUGUGCGGAGAUGCCAGCCGCGUGUGCAGCACCUCCUGAUGAGGUGUUCAAGAGCACUGCAGCAAAGUACUGUGUCUAGUCAGCAUUGUCCAGUCCAGGAAUGUCCUUCUGACAGGGUUGCCACAUAUCGUGCUGCAGGUAGAGCUAGAGCACAGGACUGGUGGCAGACAAAAACAGUGCUGACACCGGAGGCUCUGACCCGUAAACCCUGCAUGUAUGAUCUUACUGGCCCACGCCACGAUGCUCAUUUAUGUGCACCGAUGUGUGCAGAAUCUGCAUCAGCAGGAUUUGGUAGGAGAGCAAGUGUGUUGGAACUAGCCUCCUUCAAGUCUUAUCACUCUGGUUCCUAUCACUCCAGUGUGUUUCCACAUAGGUCUGGCGGCUGUGCUCUUUCUUUUUCUGCCUUAGAACCAGGGAUUCUGACGCGCCUAGUCCACAAUUGGGAUCCUGCCUGGUGCCUCGGCGGUGGGUCGCCACGCGGCCUGCACUCCACCUCGGGGCGUAAUGCCGCCAGCUUUGAGAACAUUGGGGAAGCUAGUGCCAGGAGGGCCACUGCUCUACAGUACAAGAUUACUGCUGACGAUGCCAUCCACCGCUUCCAGGACUGGUCAGCGGGCCACUGGCUGGGUCCCAUCAGUGGGCUGGAGGACCACGCCGGCAGAGCCGCCUUCACGAGUAUCAGGGCAGCAUACCAGCCAUUCUGGGUGUUUGAUGCCAAAGUCACGACCUUCUUCACUGGCGAAAUUGGGUUUGACUACAGCACCAGCACAUACAACAGCUCCACAAAGCGCCAUGAGACUAGCAGCGGCACCGUGUGGCGGCAGGCGCCCUACACGCACAGCCUCACCAACGACCACCCCGGGGACAACCCCGACAUGCAGGUCUACGCAUCCUACAGGUACCGAAAGGCGUACAUGGCGCCCCUGAAAGGCCCGUCCCUGGUGGCGGAGAACCAGCCCCUGACGGGGGCCAUGCUGGCAGAGGGGCGCGAAUUGGACGAGUUCACCAUGAAGCGCGAAAUUGCGUGGCGGCGCGUGCGCGAGAAUAUCCAGAAGCAGGAGGUGCGCCGUGCGGAGGAGCUGCUCAAAACGACGUACCAUGCGGACCAGGCGCAGAACGUGCAGCUGCAGAUGCAGUUCGACGAGGUGCGUGCGCGCGCCAUCUACGUGCCGGCCUACAUCCUGGAGUACCAGCAUGCUGGCCAGUUCUUCCGCGCGGUCGUCAACGGCGCGACUGGGGAGGUCGGCGCAGAACGGCACCUCUCUGCGCUCAAGGUGGGCGGUCUGGUGGCCACAGGGCUGACAGCUGCCACCGUGGCCAGUCACUAUAUGGGGUGGGGCACGCUGUUUGGCGGUGUGUGGGGCGCAGCCUUUGUUGCGGGGCUGGCGGCCCUGGCGGGCUAUGCGGCGGAGCGCUGGCUGCCCCGCGUGUCCGCCUACAUCAAGGAGCUGCAGCACGGCAGGGACGUGGUUGAGGACACUGCGCGCGCUGCUCGCGGGCACGGAGCGGAGGAGGCGGGCCUCGGCGACGACGAUGACGAGCGCGAGCGCCGCGAGCACUGGCAGCGCCAGGCGCGCUACCAGCAGUGGCAACACUUCGGGGGUGGGGCUAUGAACGCGCAGUUUGAGCGCAUCCUGCGCGAGUUCGAGGAGCAGUUCCGGCGACAAGGCGGCCCCGGUUUCGGCCCCUUCGGGGUGCCCCCGCAGUGGGAGCAGCAGUACGACCGCAGCGGCUUCGAUGCGCGGCGCCAGGGCGAGCGGCAGCGGCAGCAGCAGCAGGCGUACGAGGAGCAGGCGCGCAGGGGGCGGGGCGGGGCGCAGUACCAGGCGCGCCAGCCCGGGUCGCCGCCUGGUGACCCGCUCGGGUACUACAAGGAGCUGGGCCUGGCCAAGGGCCCGCGCUCGUCCGAAGAAGAGAUCAAGGCCGCCUUCCGGCGUCUCGCCCUCGAGUGGCAUCCAGACCGGCACGGCCAGGAUCCAAAAGGAAAAGCUAAAGCAGAGGAGAAAUUUAAGAAGAUUUCGCAAGCUUACCAGGUCCUCCGAGAUCCAAGGAAAAAGGCAAGCUAUGAUGCGGGAAUGGCUGGGUAGUCUCGAAAGGGGGCAUGCAUAGCGGCGUCACUUGCUUCUGGGCGUGAAGGUUCUGAUUGAAUCGUCAAAAUCAUCGAGGAUGCACAUGCCAUCGCGUCGUGUUUCUGCGUUUCUGCCCUUGACAUCAGCAUGUUCGGAACGGAAGUUAAUCAACGCAUCGCAGUAUGCUUUGCGAAUCAAAUCUAAAAAAGACGUUUUUUCUUCCAUUGCCGGGGUUGUGGAGCCGGCAGAGCUCCUCGCCACAUAUAUUCUGUCUUGCAC